CGCAUACAAAGGCAAAUAUGGAUUUGCAGGCACGGCUAGCUCAGAUUGGAUCUAAUUCAGCCCAGAGGGACAAGUUGACAGCCUGCUCGGCACUGCUCACAGAUCUUUUGUCAUCUGCCUCUACCCCAUCAGCUUCGGUCGUGGACUUUGUAGAUGCCAUCGUCAACCAGGAUGCGGUUGGGCAGGUGAUCGCUCGUCAGGUGCUCGGAGAGUUGGUUAAGAAGCUCGCGGACGGAUGUCCGGCAGCGCAGGAUGCAGAGAAGAAGAAAGACAUCAUCCAAGGCGCGCUUGCGAAGAUCCAACCCAGGCUUGUUACUUUCGAUGAAUACGCAUCUCAACUACGUGAACAACUAGCGACACUGUUUGAAGCGGAAGAGGCAUGGAGUGACGCCGCUCGUGUCCUUAUGGGCAUGACCUUGGACUCCGGAGCGCGCAAUAUCGCUGAUGAGGAUAAACUGCGUAUCUACAUCCGCAUCGUGCGCCUCCUCCUCGAGGACGAGGACAGUGUGCAGGCGGAGACGUACUACAACCGUGCUGCACUCUUAUCGAAUGCGACACAAGACCGGGAGUUGCAGCUGCAAUUUAAGCUCUGCCAAGCAAGAAUCUUCGACUAUGGGAGGAGGUUCGCUGAAGCGGCGAGCCGGUAUCAUGAGCUGAGCUGGAUUGGUGAACUGGAUGAGGAGGAUCGGAUGCAGUGCUUGUCUGCCGCUGUAACGUGUGCAGUGCUCGCUCCCGCUGGUCCUCAACGUUCUCGGAUCCUCGCAUCGUUGUACAGAGACGAUCGUACUCAAGACCUCCGCUCCCACACGAUUCUCAGCAAGAUGUUCCUUGAUCAUAUCCUGCGACCGUCCGAAGUCGCCGGGUUCGAAGCAACGCUCAAAACGCAUCAGCUGGCCAAGAUUGCCCAAAGUAGCUCGGACAAAGCUUCGACUGCUGCUGCCGCUGCCAGAGACGAGGACGUUGAGAUCCAGGACGCCGAUGCCGAGCCUGUAAUCACCCGCACGGGACCAGCGACCGUCUUAGAUCGUGCCGUUCUUGAGCACAACCUUCUGUCUGCGAGCUUGCUGUACAACAACAUCACAUUUGCUGGAUUGGGUUCAUUGUUGUCAUUGACUCCAGGUGCAGCGGAGACGAUGGCAAGGAGGAUGAUAGAGCAGGGUCGGUUGCGCGGGUGGAUAGACCAAGUGGAGCGUGUUGUCUAUUUUGAAGGCGGGAAGGAGGAAGAGGAUGGUCAGGGUAAGGUCGGCGGGCUGGGAGAGGUCGCGGAGAAAAAAGAGGAAGAAAACCUAGGGGGUGCUCGUACCAGGGCGUGGGAUCGCCAGAUCAGACAGACGGCGUCGAGCGUCGAGCUCAUCGUGCAGAGGUUGACGGACAAGGGCUUGUUAGACAACUUGCCACCCGUGUCUGUCAGGGCGUAGAUCGGCACGGUGUCAUGAUAAAGUGCACUGUAUACUAUCCAUCGAA